UCCAACCAUGACAUCCCCAGUUGUCACCGUGCUGCUCGUCGGGAUUGGCUGCCUGGCCUUCGUCCACGUGGCCAGGUCGGAGUGCUGCACCUCCAGGGAGGAGGUGAAGUACAAGAUGGACAGGGGCGACUGCGAGGACGUGGGCGGCAGUGGCGACUAUCCGCUCAAGUGCGAAGUGACGAUCUGCGCCGAUGGCGUCGCCCAGGUGGGCACCUACUGCGGCCAGGGAUCGUGCAACAUCUUUGGCUGCCACUGCGAUGGCGGCUGCCUGACCGGCGAUUGGUCCGAGGAGUUUGUGAGGAAGAACCAGGCAUACGGAAUCCACAUCGUUGAAGUCAGGAGGAUACCCAUUUAGCUCCUUGCCCUUAUCACAUUUGCAACCAAUAAAAGCAAGCUUUAAUUGCAAUCGUAGCUGCUAA